AUGCCAAAGGCUGCACUUGGCUCAGGCAAAGCAUCACUUUACCUGGUAGACUAUGCGCUGGACUUUGUCCUGCGCGUUUCGCAACGGCUGGCAGACGUGCGGCAACGAAGGUCGUUACUCCAACUUGCCGUCUUCGGAAAUUCUCUUGUAUGUGGUGAUGCUCCGGCGGAUUAUUGCUUCUCCAUCGUCUGUCGCCGUGGUCUUGUUUCUUUCCCGUAUGCUACAAUCAAGCAGGUCCAUCGUGGAGCGCUAACAUCUGCCAAUAUAGUUCAUGUCGAUAGGAAAAUAAUACCUUCAGGACGACUCGUUCUCGCUGGAACUGGUCCUGUGACGAGAUAUAUCGAUGAUGUUCGUCGUUUCCAAACUGCAGCGAGGAACGGUAUCAAAUUGAACAUGGUUAACUACGGAUUUGGUCAACGCGUGUUUCCAUAUCCAUAUCCAUAUCCUAUGUAG